UGACAGGUUCUUUCCUCCUCCUGGCUGCUCCCUCCUCAGAGAGGGGUGCAUUACUUAGAUCCAGUCCGUUAGAGCCUUGGUGUCCCUAAAAUAGGUCCAGAACCCCUGAUUUGCUGGGGGCUACUCUGCUGUCAAGGAAGUUGGGGUGGGGCCCUCCUAGGAGGCCCACCAGACAGGGAUGGCUGAUUCACAAGGGUGGCGUGAGUCGGGACUCAUGGCCUCCAGGCUUGUCUGGGCACCCCCACUAGGUGGGGGUGACUCAUUCUCCAGCUGCAGCCUCCCCCUACCUUGGCACAGCUAGCUACCCCUUUGGUCUGAGGGAACCUGUCCACACUUCAGCCUUCAGCAGUCAUUUCUCCGGUUAAGCUGUGACCCGACAUGGGUUGGUUGGGAAGCUCUCUCUCCGCAUCUCCUUUUCAGAGCCUCGGGGUUUCCAGACGCCCCAAGAGGGGCUUCAGAUAGUCUGGGGAAGGAGUGGGGGCGGCAACCUCUGGGGAGGUGGGUGAGGGCGGGCGCUUGGGUCCCCGCCUGCGGCCCCGCCCCCUCCCCGGGGAUGGGGACUUUUUCUGGAGCAGUGCUGGGCGGGACUGCAGCGGCGGCGGCGAGGGCAGCAGGAGCCGACUGAGGGGCGCGCAGGAUGAGGUCGUGGCUCCUGGUGGCCGCACUCUGCGCUGGGAUCCUGGUGGGGGUGCCCCGACUGCGGGCCCAACCUGGGGAGAGAGUGACCUGCACGCGCCUUUACGCCGCUGACAUUGUGUUUCUACUGGAUGGCUCCUCCUCCAUUGGCCGUAACAACUUCCGAGAAGUGCAGGGAUUCCUGGAGGGGCUGGUGCUGCCUUUCUCCGGAGCAGCCAGUACCCAGGGAGUGCGCUUUGCCACGGUGCAGUACAGUGAUGACCCACGGACGGAGUUUGGCCUGGAUGCACUUGGCUCUGGGGGUGAUGUAAUCCGUGCCAUCCGAGAGCUCACCUACAAGAAGGGCAAUACUCGCACAGGGGCCGCACUCCUCCACGUGUCCAACCAUGUCUUCCUGCCUCAGCUGUCCCGACCCGGCAUCCCCAAGGUCUGCAUCCUGAUCACUGACGGGAAGUCCCAAGACCUGGUGGACACAGCUGCCCAGAGGCUGAAGGAGCAGGGUGUCAAGCUGUUUGCUGUGGGAAUCAAGAACGCUGACUUUGAGGAGUUGAAUCGAGUUGCUUCACAGCCAAGUAGUGAUUUCUCCUUCUUCAUCAAUGACUUUGGCAUCUUGAGGACACUACUGCCCCUCAUUUCCCGGAGAGUAUGCACAACUGCUGGGGGCGUGCCUGUAACCCUGCCUUCCCAUGAGUUGUCCGGCCCCCGGGACCUGGUGCUGUCUGAGCCAGGCAGUCAGUCCUUGAGAGUACAAUGGACAGCAGCAAGUGGCCCUGUGACUGGCUACAGGGUCCACUACACCCCUCUGACAGGGCUGGGACAGCCACUGCCAAGUGAGCGGCAGGAGGUGAACGUCCCAGCUGGUGAGACCAGCUUGUGGCUGCGAGGUCUCCGGCCGCUGACUGAGUACCAGGUGACCGUGGUUGCUCUCUACGCCAACAGCAUCGGGGAGGCCGUGAGUGGGACUGCUCGGACCACUGCCCUGGCAGGGCCAGAGUUGACCAUCCAGAACACCACAGCUCACAGCAUCCUCGUGGCCUGGCAGAGUGUGCUGGGUGCCACUGGCUACCGUGUGACAUGGCAUGCCCUCAGGGGGGGUGCCACACAGCAGCAGGAGCUGGACCCUGGGCAGGGGUCAGUGUUGCUACGUGAGCUGGAGCCUGGCACAGACUACGAGGUGACUGUGAGCGCCAUGUUUGGCCAUACCGUAGGGCCUGCCACUUCCCUCACCACCCGCACUGACACCUCUAUUGAGCAGACCUUGCGCCCUGUCAUUCUGAGCCCCACAGCCAUCCUCCUUUCCUGGAACUUGUUGCCUGAGGCCCGUGGCUACCGGCUGGAGUGGCGCCGUGAGAGUGAGAGUGGCCUAGAGCCACCGCAGAAGGUGGAGCUGCCCAAGGAUGUGACCCACUACCGGCUGGAUGGGCUGCAGCCAGGCACUGAGUACCGCCUCACACUCUACACUCUGCUGGAGGGCCGCGAGGUGGCCACGCCUGCCACAGUGGUUCCCACUGCAGGGCCAGAGCAGCCCCCGGGCCCUGUGAGGGACCUGCAAGCAACUGAACUGCCCGGGCAUCGGGUGAGAGUGUCCUGGAGCCCAGUCCCCGGUGCCACUGAGUACCGCAUCACUGUGCGCAACACCCUGGGGGUUGAGCGGACCCUGGUGCUUCCUGGGAGCCAGACGGCCUUCGACUUGGAUGACGUCCGAGCAGGACUUAGCUAUACUGUGCGGGUGUCUGCUCGCAUGGGCCCUCGGGAGGGUGGCUCCAGCAUCCUCACUGUCCGCCGAGAACCAGAAGCUCCCCUUGCUGUCCCAGUACUUCGGAUCAUGCUGUCAGAUGCAACCAGAAUAAGGGUGACCUGGAGCCCCGUUCCUGGAGCCAGUGGAUUUCGGAUUAGCUGGAGCACAGGCAGUGGUCCUGAGUCUAGCCAGACAUUGCCUCCAGACUCUACUGCCACAGACAUCCUGGGGCUGCAGCCUGGAACCUCCUACCAGGUGGCUGUGUCAGCACUUCGAGGGAGAGAAGAAGGCCCCCGUGGAGUCAUCGCUGCUCACACUGACCCUCUGGGCCCUGUGAGAACAGUCCACGUGACACAGGCUGGGAGCUCUUCUGUCACCAUUGCUUGGACCAGGGUUCCUGGCGCCACAGGAUACAGAGUUUCCUGGCACUCGGAACAUGUUCCGGAGAAAUCCCAGUUGGUUGCUGGGGAGGCCACAAUGGCUGACCUAGAAAGGCUGGAGCCAGACACUGAAUAUACGGUACACGUGAGGGCCCAUGCAUCUGGUGUGGAGGGAACCCCUGCCUCUGUGGUUGUGAGGACUGCCCCUGAGCCUGUGGGCAGUGUGUCAAAGCUGCAGAUCCUCAAUGCUUCCAGUGAUGUUCUGCGGGUGACCUGGGUCGGGGUCCCUGGAGCUACAGCCUACAGACUGGCUUGGGGCCGGAGCGAAGGUGGCCCCACCAGACAGCAGAUACUCCCAGGAAAUACUGACUCCGCAGAGAUACGGGGUCUGGAAGGUGGAAUCAGCUACUCAGUGGGAGUGACUGCUCUAGUUGGGGACCGAGAGGGCCCACCUGUCUCCAUUGUCGUCACUACGCCACCCGAGGCUCCCAGCACCCUGGAGACUCUUCGUGUGGUGCAGCGUGGGGAGCAUUCACUGAGGCUGCACUGGGAGCCGGUGUCUGGGGCACAUGGUUUCCGGCUGCGCUGGCGAUCUGAAAGUGGUCAGGAACAGUCCCAGGUCCUGGGGCCUGAGUCCAGCAGCUACCACCUGGAUGGACUGGAGCCGGGCACACGGUACCACAUGUGGCUGAGUGCCUUGGGGCCAGCUGGGGAAGGGCCUCCCAAGGAGGUCACUGCAUACACUGAGUCUCCCCGUGUCCCAAGCACUGAACUACGCGUGGUAGAUACCUCAGUCGACUCAGUUACUCUGGCCUGGACGCCAGUGUCUGGGGCAUCCAACUACAUCCUGUCCUGGCGGCCACUCAGAGGCACUAGCCAGGAUGUGCCUGGGACCCCACAGACGCUUCCAGGGAUCUUGAGCUCCCAGAGGGUGACAGGGCUGCAGCCUGGGGUCUCCUAUGUCUUCUCCCUGACACCUGUCCAGGGGGGUGUACGGGGUCCUGAUGUCUCUAUCACACAGAACCCAGUGUGUCCUCAUGGCUUGGCGGAUGUGGUCUUCCUGCUGCAUACCACUCAAGAUAAUGCUCACCGUGCGGAGGCUAUGAGGCGGGUCCUGGAGCGCCUGGUGUCUGCACUUGGGCCUCUUGGGCCUCAGGCCACCCAGGUUGGCCUGCUGUCAUAUAGUCACCGGCCCUCCCAACUCUUCCCACUGAAUAGUUCCCAUGACCUUGGCGUCAUCUUGCAGAAGAUCCGUGGCAUCUCCUAUGUGGACCCAAGUGGGAACAAUCUGGGUGCGGCUGUGAUUGUAGCUCACAGACAGCUCUUGGCACCGGAUGCUCCUGGGCGCCGUCAGCAAGUGCCAGGGGUGAUGGUUCUGUUGGUGGAUGAGCCCCUGAGAGGUGACAUAUCCAGCCCUAUCCGAGAGGCCCAGGCUGGUGGACUCAAGGUGAUAAUGAUGGGCUUGGCUGGAGCUGAUCCGGAACAGCUUCGCCGCUUGGUGCCGGACACAGAUCCUCUCCAGAAUUUCUUUGCUGUUGACGAUGGCCUGAGUCUGGACCAUGCAGUCAGUGACCUGGCAAUAGCUCUGUGUCAGACAGCCAUGGCCACUCAGCCCCGGCUGGGACCCUGCUCAGUGCAUUGUCCAAAGGGCCAGAAGGGGGAGCCUGGAGUGACGGGCCUGGAAGGACAAGCUGGGCCCCCUGGUGCCCCUGGCCUCCCGGGCAGGACUGGUGCUCCUGGCCCUCAGGGCCCCCCUGGAAGUACUGUUGCAAAGGGUGAGAGGGGCUUCCCUGGAGUGGAUGGACCUCCGGGCCUCCCUGGCCACCCCGGAACUCCUGGGACCCCUGGUCUGAAGGGCUCCCCAGGAUUGCCCGGCCCUCGUGGGGAACCGGGAGAGCGAGGGCCUCGAGGCCCAAAGGGGGAGCCGGGGGAGCCUGGGCAUGUCACUGGAGAUUGGCAACCAGGGCUUCCUGGGAGAAAAGGGGACCCUGGACCUUCAGGUCCUCCUGGACCUCGUGGCCCUUUGGGGGAACCAGGACCCCGUGGUCUCCCAGGGCUUCCUGGCACAACUGUAAAGGGUGACAAAGGCAAUCGUGGGGAACGUGGUCCUCCUGGACCAGUUGUUGGUGGCACUGCUUCUGGGGAGCCUGGGCUGCCGGGUCUUCCUGGAAACCCUGGACUCCAAGGCCCAGUUGGCCCCUCUGGAGAGAAAGGGGAAAAGGGUGACUGUGAAGAUGGAGCCCCAGGCCUCCCAGGACGACCUGGCCCCCCGGGGGACCUGGGCCUUCGGGGACCUCCUGGAAUCACUGGCUCCAAAGGUGAUCGGGGACUGACUGGGUCCCCUGGUGAGAUUGGAGCAAAAGGUGAACGGGGACUCCCUGGCCCAGUGGGACCCCAGGGGCCGCCUGGGCUUGCUGGACAUCCUGGAGCCAGGGGUCCUGAAGGGCCACCAGGACCUGCUGGCCGCCGAGGAGAGAAGGGAGAGCCUGGACGCCCUGGGGACCCUGUGGUGGUGACACCUGCUGGUGCUGGAGCCAAAGGAGAGAAGGGAGAUGUGGGGCUCCCUGGGCCCAGAGGAUCUGCUGGAGUCCAAGGGGAACCGGGCCUGCCUGGGUUGGCCAGUCCUGGAGAUCCUGGCCCCAAGGGAGACCCUGGAGACCGGGGUCCCAUUGGCCUCACUGGUAGAGCAGGACCUCCAGGUGACUCAGGGUCCCCUGGAGAGAAAGGAGACCCAGGGCGGCCUGGCCCUCCUGGACCUGCUGGCCCCCGAGGACGAGAUGGUGAAGUUGGAGAGAAGGGUGACGAGGGUCUCCCGGGUGACCCAGGUUUGCCUGGGAAAGUGGGUGAGCGUGGCCCUCGGGGUGUACCUGGAGCUCGGGGGCCUGUGGGUGAGAAGGGAGACCCGGGAGACCCUGGAGAGGAUGGACGAAAUGGAAGCCCUGGACUGUUGGGACCUAAGGGUGACCGUGGGGAGCCGGGACCCCCAGGACCCCCUGGACGACUGGUGGACACGGGACUUGGAGUCAGAGAGAAGGGCGAGCGUGGACAGGAGGGUCCUCGAGGACCCAAGGGUGACCCUGGCCUGCCUGGAGCCUCUGGGGAGAGAGGCAUUGAUGGGCUUCGAGGACCCCCAGGCCCGCAGGGGGACCCAGGUAUCCGAGGCCCAGCAGGAGAAAAGGGUGACCGGGGCCCCCCUGGGCUGGAUGGCCGGAGUGGGCUGGAUGGCAAACCAGGAGCGCCUGGCCCCCCUGGGCAGCCUGGUGCUGUUGGCAAAGCUGGGGAGCCAGGGAGAGACGGGCUUCCAGGCCUUCGCGGAGAGCACGGUCCCCCUGGCCCCCCUGGCCCCCCUGGUGCAUUGGGAAAGCCGGGUGAGGAUGGCACACCUGGCCUGAAUGGGAAAAAUGGACAACCUGGUGACCCUGGAGAAGCUGGAAGAAAGGGGGAGAAGGGAGAGUCAGGUGCCCCAGGGAGAGAAGGUCACGAUGGCCCCAAGGGUGAGCGUGGAGCUCCUGGGAGCCCUGGACCCCAGGGCCCUCCAGGUCUUCCAGGGCAGGUUGGCCCUCCUGGCCAGGGUUUUCCUGGUGUCCCUGGAAGCAUGGGUCCCAAGGGUGACCGUGGGGAGACUGGAUCCAAAGGGCAGCAGGGCCUCCCUGGAGAGCGUGGUGCCAGAGGAGAACCUGGGAGUGUGGUGAAUGUGGAGAAGGUGCUGGAAACUGCUGGCAUUAAGGCAUCUGUCCUGCGGGAGAUUGUGGAGACCUGGGAUGAGAGUUCUGGCAGCCUGCUACCUGUGCCAGACCGGCGUCGAGUCUCCAAGGGGGACCCAGGCGAGCGGGGUCCCCCAGGCAAAGAGGGUCCCAUCGGCUUUCCUGGAGAACGUGGGCUGAAGGGAGACCGUGGAGACCCUGGACCCCAGGGGCCUCCUGGCCUGGCCCUUGGGGAGAGGGGCCCUCCUGGACCUCCUGGCCUUGCUGGGGAGCCUGGGAAGCCUGGCAUUCCGGGACUCCCAGGCCAGGCUGGGGCUGUGGGAGAGGCAGGGAGGCCAGGCGAGAGGGGAGAGCGUGGUGAGAAAGGAGAACGUGGAGAACAGGGCAGAGAUGGCCAUCCUGGCCUCCCUGGGCCUCCCGGCCCUCCUGGCCCCAAGGUGGCCAUCGACGAGCCAGGUCCUGGACUAGCUAGAGAACAAGGACCCCCUGGAUUCAAGGGUGCUAAGGGAGAGCCAGGCAGAGAUGGUGAUCAAGGUCUGAAAGGAGACAGGGGUGUGCCAGGCAUCAAGGGAGACAGGGGAGAGCCUGGACAGAGGGGUCUUGAUGGCAGCCCGGGUCUGCUGGGAGAACGUGGUGUGGCUGGGCCUGAAGGGAAGCCGGGUUUGCAGGGUCCCAGGGGAGCCCCUGGCCCAGUGGGUGGCCACGGAGACCCUGGACCACCUGGUGCCCCAGGUCUCAACGGCCUUGUGGGACCCCAGGGACCUUCUGGCCUGAAGGGGGAACCUGGAGAGACUGGACCCCCGGGACGGGGUCUGCCAGGACCUGCGGGACCCGUGGGACUUCCUGGCCCCCCUGGCCCUUCGGGCCUUGUGGGUCCACAGGGGGCGCCAGGGUUGCCUGGACAAGUGGGGGAAACUGGGAAGCCAGGAGCCCCGGGUCGUGAUGGUACCAGUGGGAAGGAUGGAGACAGAGGAAGCCCUGGUGUGCCAGGGCCACCGGGUCUGCCGGGCCUUGUCGGACCUAAAGGAGAAGCUGGACCCAUGGGACCUCCUGGACAGGUCGUGGUCGGGCCUCCUGGAGCAAAGGGAGAGAAGGGAGCCCCGGGAGACCUUGCUGGAGACCUGGUGGGUGAGCCGGGUCCCAAAGGUGACCGAGGACUACCAGGGCCACGGGGCGAGAAGGGUGAAGCUGGCCGUGCAGGGGAGUCUGGAGACCCUGGGGAAGAUGGUCAAAAAGGAGCUCCUGGACUCAAAGGUCACAAGGGUGACCCAGGAGUUGGGGUCCAAGGCCCCACUGGGCCAACUGGUCCUCCAGGCAUGAAGGGAGACACGGGUCCCCCUGGAUCCCCUGGUGCUCCUGGAAUUAUUGGGUUCCCUGGUCAGACAGGCCCUCGAGGAGAGACGGGCCAGCCAGGCCCUGGUGGAGAGCGGGGUUUGGCAGGGCUUCCAGGGAGAGAAGGUGCCCCAGGCCCCUUGGGGCCACCUGGACCACCAGGGUCGCCGGGAGCACCUGGAGCCUCUGGACUCAAAGGAGACAAGGGAGACCCUGGAGUAGGACUGCCUGGGCCCCGAGGAGAGCGUGGGGAGCCAGGUGUCCGGGGUGAAGACGGCCACCCUGGCCAGGAGGGACCCCGAGGACUCAUGGGGCCCCCAGGCAGCCGGGGUGACCAAGGGCAGAAGGGUGAUGCUGGAACCACAGGCCUAAAAGGUGACAAGGGUGACUCGGCUGUGAUUGAGGGGCCUCCAGGACCACGGGGUGCCAAGGGGGACAUGGGUGAACGUGGGCCUCGGGGCCUAGAUGGUGACCCAGGACCUUGGGGAGACAGUGGGAACCCUGGUGACAAGGGUGUCAAGGGAGAACCUGGUGAGAAGGGCAUGGCUGGGUCAGUGGGAGCUCGUGGACUCGCAGGACCCAAGGGUGAGCCUGGUGCUCCAGGGAUGGCUGGUGACUCGGGACCCCCAGGAAAGGAUGGAGCCCCUGGUUUCCAAGGAGACAAAGGAGAUGUUGGCUUCAUGGGUCCCCGAGGCAUCAAGGGUGAACGAGGGAUGAAGGGAGCCUGCGGCCUUGAUGGAGAGAAGGGAGACAAGGGAGAAGCUGGUCUCCCAGGCCGACCUGGGCUGGCAGGACGAAAAGGAGAGAUUGGGGAACCUGGUAUACCAGGUCAGUCUGGAGUUCCUGGCAAAGAGGGACUGAUUGGUCCCAAGGGUGACCGAGGCUUUGAUGGGCAAUCAGGACCCAAGGGUGACCAGGGUGAGAAAGGGGAGCGGGGACCCCCAGGAACUGGGGGCUUCCCAGGUCCCAGGGGCAAUGAUGGCUCUAGUGGUCCCCCUGGGCCACCUGGCAGUGUCGGUCCUAAAGGCCCUGAAGGACUUCAAGGCCAGAAGGGUGAGCGAGGUCCCCCUGGAGAGCGUGUGGUGGGGGCCCCUGGGCCUCCUGGAACCCCGGGUGAGAGAGGGGAACAGGGGCGGCCGGGUCCUACUGGUCCCCGUGGUGAAAAGGGAGAAGCUGCAAUGACGGAGGAUGACAUUCGGGGCUUUGUGCGUCAAGAGAUGAGUCAACAUUGCGCCUGCCAGGGCCAGUUUAUUGCGUCAGGAUCACGACCCCUCCCCAGUUAUGCUGCGGACACAGCUGGCCUCCAGAGCCGCCGGCUGGUGCCUGUGCUCCGGGUCUCCCACGUAGAGGAGGAGGACCAAGUGCCCCCUGAGGACGAUGAGUUCUCUGAAUACUCCGAGUAUUCUGUGGAGGAAUACCAGGACCCUGAGGUUCCUUGGGACAGUGAAGACCCCUGCUCCCUGCCGCUGGACGAGGGCUCUUGCACUGCCUACACCCUACGCUGGUACCAUCGGGCUGUGCCCGGAGGCUCAGAGACCUGUCAUCCUUUCGUCUAUGGUGGCUGUGGAGGGAAUGCCAACCGCUUCGGGACCCGUGAGGCCUGUGAGCAUCGCUGCCCACCACGAGUGGUCCAAAGCUCAAGAACAGGUGCUGCCCGGAGCUAAGGCCUGUGUGAGGAGCUGAUGUUCAGCAUCCUCCGGGAGAUGGGGUCACAGCAGGGCCCUGUGGUCCCUCCCCUUGGUGCUAAGAAGCUGGUGUGCACGUGAGCGUGGUGUACAUGUCCGUUAUUUCAGUGACUGAGUUCCGUGGGUCUAGCCUUCCCCCUGCAGACAAACCCCCAUUGUGCAGAUGACUCAUGGCGGGGGUGGCUGUGGGCAGUGAGCAGAUGUGACUAGGUCUGACGGUCCCUUGACCCAAACCUGUGAUACCAUGGUGCUGAUUUUGGGGAACAUUAAAGCUGCUGUUUUAA